GCGCCCACCAUGGGCCCGGGAUUCAAAUGUCUGCCGGCUUCAGGGGAGAACGUGGCCCCUUCCUAUCAGCCUCACGCCACCGGAGAGCGGGGGACCGCCUUUAGCGCUGUUACCCCCCAGGGAGUGAUUAGCAUACUUUGCCGUGGGAGUGAUUAGCAUACUUUGCCGUGGGUAAGAAUUUCUCGGACGAGCUUGGAGACAACCCAGCCGCCCAGGCACACCCCGGCAGUGUGGCUUCGCGUGGCCACACCUUAGUAAACCUUCCGGGGGAUUGGGACCCCAAGCGCUCUCCGCUUGGGCCUAUUUCCUACGAAUCGACCGAACGACCCUCCGCGGCCGACCCCGGAGUCGCGUCGCUUCCCCGUGGCCCCGCCCCUAGCCCCGCCCGUGCAGGCAAAGCUUCCUCCUGGUUGGCCGGCGGUAAGCCCGUGCGCGGCGGAACCAAUGUCCGGCGCCGGCGUUGGCGAACGUGACCCGGAAGUUGGCGUGAGCAGGCGCAGUGGGCAGGGGACGCCUAACUCGCGCGCGGGGACUUCCGGCGUGGGCGCCGAGCGCUCUGGACUGCGUGAGUCCGCGAAGAGGGGACAAGAGGCCCGCGCGGGUCCCGUCCCGGGGAGGUUCUGGCGAGGGCGGGCCCGGGAGCCGGCCGCGUCCUCCCGCGGGCGUCCCCCUCGCCCCGGCCUCCCGGCGCCGCCGACGCCUGCCAUCCUCGCGCGGGGGCGUCCUCCCAGGUGGGCGCAGCCGAGUCCGGGGCCCGGGAUGGCGUCGGCAGCGGGCCCCCAGGACCGGGAAGGGCUCCUGAUAGUGAAGCUGGAGGAAGACUGCGCCUGGAGCCAGGAGCUUCCCCCGCCGGACGCUGGGCCCAGCCCCGAGGCCUCCCACCUGCGCUUCCGACGGUUCCGCUUCCAAGAGGCCGCGGGGCCCCGGGAAGCCCUCAGCCAGCUGCAGGAGCUCUGCCACGGGUGGCUGCGGCCCGAGCUGCGCACCAAGGAGCAGAUCCUGGAGCUGCUGGUGCUCGAGCAGUUCCUGACCAUCCUGCCGCAGGAGAUCCAGAGCCGGGUGCAGGAGCUGCACCCGGAGAGCGGCGAGGAGGCGGUGACGCUCGUGGAGGACAUGCAGCGGGAGCUCGGCCGCCUGAGGCAGCAGGUCACAAACCAUGGGCGGGGAACAGAAGUGCUAUUGGAGGAGCCUUUGCCUCUGGAAACAGCACGAGAGUCACCGAGCUUCAAGCUGGAGCCAAUGGAGACUGAGCGAAGCCCUGGCCCCAGGCUGCAGGAGCUGCUAGGCCCCAGCCCCCAAAGGGACCCCCAGGCUGUAAAGGAGAGGGCAUUAUCUGCUCCCUGGCUUUCUCUCUUUCCUCCUGAAGGGAACAUGGAAGACAAGGAGAUGACGGGGUCCCAGGUAAUGGGGAAGUUGCCUUUGUCUCUCUCCCAGCGCCUUCCCCCUUUCUCUUGUUGCUCGAGGGGGGUGCUUCUGUCACUUGGGGUCCUUUCUCUCCUGCCGCAAACAUACCACCUGCCUUUGUUGUCUCCUUUACACCUCACUGUAGGCUUGGCAUUCGACCCCAUGAAUAUCUCCUCAGCACCCCUCGUUUUUGCCCCGUUAGACCACGACACUCUGAAUUACCCAUGGUGUCUCCGACUAAAGGCGGGUUUUGUGCUUUUUCAGUUGCCUGAGAGCUUAGAGGACGUAGCUAUGUACAUCUCCCAGGAGGAGUGGGAGCAGCAGGACCCGAGCAAGAGGAUGCUGUCCCGGGACACGGAGCAGGAGACCUAUGACCCUGUGGAUGCGCUGGAGUCUCAGGAUCCCAGUCAGGAGAUGCUGAGCACCCAGAUGGAGCAAGGGGGGAAGCUGUGGGAACCCAGUUACCAGGCUUGCAAGGAGGGCCUGAGGCUCCGAAGCCCAGCUCCAGGCCAAGAGAAAUUUGAGAACCAGGAAGAAAAUGCUCAUUCUGUUUUCCCUGAGAGCGUCCAUCCUCAGGUGCUGCUCCCUGGCCAGGCCAGGGGGGAGGUCCCCUGGAGUCCUGAGCAGGGAAGGCCUCAGGACAGGCCUGAAGGGCACUGGGAGCCUCACCCUGAGGAGCGGAUGGAACAGUCUCUGCUGGGAGCCACGGGUUGCCGAGAAUUGGGGCGACCGAAGGAACUGCAGCCGAAGAAGCUCCAUUUGUGUCCAUUGUGUGGCAAAAAUUUUUCUAACAACUCGAACCUAAUCAGGCACCAGAGAAUCCAUGCGGCCGAAAGACUGUGUAUGGGUGUGGAGUGCAGUGAGAUCUUCGGGGGGAAUCCACACUUUCUGUCCCUGCACAGAGCACACUUGGGAGAGGACGCCCACAAGUGCCUUGAAUGUGGAAAAAGUUUCAGUCAGAACACGCACCUCACUCGCCAUCAGCGCACGCACACGGGCGAGAAGCCCUAUCAGUGUAAUGUGUGUGGAAAAAGCUUCUCUUGCAACUCCAACCUGCACAGACACCAGAGAACGCACACGGGGGAGAAGCCCUACAAGUGCCCCGAGUGCGGGGAGAUCUUCGCGCACAGUUCCAACCUCCUCAGGCACCAGCGAAUCCACACGGGAGAGAGACCUUAUAAGUGUGCUGAGUGUGGAAAAAGCUUUUCUCGUAGUUCUCAUCUUGUCAUACAUGAAAGAACUCAUGAAAAGGAGAGGCUUUUCCCCUUCUCCGAGUGUGGAGAAGCCGUGAGCAGCAGCACCCCAUUUCUUACACCUCACGGAACCCCCAAGGCAGAGAAGAAACUCUUUGAAUGUUUGACUUGUGGGAAAAGCUUCCGGCAGGGCAUGCACCUCACCAGACACCAGCGGACGCACACCGGAGAGAAACCGUACAAGUGUACCCUUUGCGGGGAGAACUUCUCUCACAGAUCCAACCUGAUCAGGCACCAGCGAGUUCACACGGGAGAGAAGCCCUACACCUGCCACGAGUGUGGAGACAGUUUCUCUCACAGCUCCAAUCGGAUUCGUCACCUGAGAACCCACACAGGAGAGAGACCCUAUAAAUGUAACGAGUGUGGAGAAAGCUUCUCUCGGAGUUCCCGCCUCAUGAGUCACCAGAGGACCCACACCGGCUAGAACAAGGGGUUUUCUCCGGCCUGCGCCAGGUGGCGUGUGCAGAGCGUCCCGAUGUCAGGAGCUGGCACUCCUUGCCCAGCUGACGAGUGACUGACAUUUUGACAGUCAUUAUGAUAUCAUUGGAAAAGCGGUGCAGAGGCCGCGGAGGAUUCAUAUAAAACUGAAAAGGAAUUCUGUCAGAACUGAUGUGGCAGGUCUCUGAGGGCAUCUGCCAGGGCAGAGUUCCUGUCAGUCCAUUCUGGGCCAGGUGCGUCUGCCCCUCUGGAUGUCAGCCAAGUUGUGAGUUGGGUGCCUUCCCUGCGUUUUGGGAAUCGGUGGUUUCUUUGUUACUGCCUUCGCGCUUGGGACAGUCGGCAGCAGCUGGUAGGCUCCUGGAUCUCGGGCAAUCAGGAGGCAGCAGAAGACUGGGAGCUGCAGCCUUCCCCGAGCCCUCGCACCCAUGACCCGCCAGGGGUAGCAGUUGGCAGGUCAUGCACACAGAGUUCAGAAGGACCCAGGGGCUUGAGGGAACUAGGAUGACGUGAUUUGCUGAUCCUGAUCAGCCCAGGAAUUGGCAGUGGAAAUAGGAGACUGCAUUAGUCUGCCCUUUGCAGAAAUCGUGACUUUCUCCACUUCUGUCAGAGAAGAGAAACGGUUUUCCAUUGAAGGGUUCCAUGAAAGAUGGAGUCCCUGGGAGACUUUGAGAAUGUGGACCCUAGAAAGCCUCAGUAGGGAUCAUUCCUUUCUCUCUUGGAAAUGUUUGGUAAUAAAUAUCUUCAUUAAAC